AGGUUACGAACAAAAUGUCUGGUCUCGGUUUGUGGAUGUUCAGUGUUGGGUGAGUGGUCCAAGGGGAAUGGAGCUUCUGAAAUGCAGAGUAGAAGCGCGAAUAUUUAUAUGAUCUGCAGUCCUCUCUCUGAGGAUAAUAACAUUAGUUUUUACAGCUGGCUGUAAAAGCUUGGCGUCUAAUUGCUGUAUAACUAAAACGCAACAUCAGAAAAAAAUUAGCUGGGUAACUGUAGCACGGUAAAAGUCAGCACUUAGUUUUCAGCACGUUCCGCUGUUUUUUCUGCAAAGAAAGUCCUGGGUUUUGCUUUGAGGAGCAAUCUGAAAUCUGCUGAGUUGUUUUUUUUUUAAGACAAACCAAAAGUUCUGAAAAUGAACCGCAAGAAGGAUAAAGGCUUCGAGAGUCCGCGACCUUAUAAAUUAACCCACCAGGUGGUGUGCAUAAACAACAUCAACUUCCAGAGGAAGUCAGUCAUUGGCUACGUGGAGCUGACCAUCUUCCCCACAGUGGUGAACCUGAGCCGCAUCAAGCUGAACAGCAAGCAGUGCCGCAUUUACAGGGUGCGAGUGAACGAGCUGGAAGCACCAUUCAUUUAUAAUGAUCCCACGCUGGAGGUCUGCCACCACGAGUCCAAGCAGCGGAAUCUGAACUAUUUCUCUAGUGCUUAUGCUGCAGCAGUGAGCGCUGUGGAUCCCGAUGCUGGAAAUGGAGAGCUCUCUAUUAAAGUGCCUGCUGAGCUGUGGAAGCAGGGAGACGAGAUGAAGGUGCUGAAGGUGUAUAUUGAAUUCUCAUUGGACCAGCCGAAGGGGGGGCUGCACUUUGUUGUGCCUGAUAUGGAGGGCAGCAUGGCUGAGAGAGGAGGUCACGUCUUCUCCUGUGGAUACCAGAAUUCCACACGGUUCUGGUUUCCCUGCGUGGACUCGUACUCAGAGCUGUGCACGUGGAAGCUGGAGUUCACUGUGGAUGCCUCCAUGGUGGCUGUGUCAUGCGGUGACCUCAUGGAGACCAUCUACACUCAUGACAUGCGCAAGAAGACUUUUCAUUAUGUGCUGCCUAUCCCGACCGCUGCCCCCAACAUCUCACUGGCUGUGGGGCCAUUCGAGAUCCUUGUAGACCCCUACAUGCACGAGGUGACUCAUUUUUGCCUGCCUCAGUUGCUGCCGCUACUUAAACACACCAUGUCCUACCUGCACGAGGUGUUCGAGUUCUAUGAGGAAAUCCUCACCUGUCGUUACCCAUACUCCUGUUUCAAGACUGUGUUUGUGGACGAGGCCUACAUGCAGGUCUCCUGCUAUGCCUCCAUGAGUAUUUUCAGUACAAACCUGCUGCACAGUGGAAUGAUUAUAGACCAGACGCCAGCAACACGCCUCUGUCUGGCACAGGCCCUGGCCCAACAGUUCUUUGGGUGCUUCAUCUCACGCAUGUCAUGGUCCGAUGAAUGGGUAUUGAAGGGCAUCUCUGGCUACAUCUUUGGCCUCUACUUAAAGAAGACUUUUGGAGUCAAUGAGUAUCGCCACUGGAUCAGGGAGGAGCUGGACAAGAUUGUGGAAUACGAGCUGAAAACAGGAGGCGUCCUGCUGCACCCCACUUUUGCCGGAGGAAAAGAAAAAGACAGCCCGACUCCGCACUUGCAUUUCUCCAUCAAACACCCCCACACACUCUCCUGGGAGUACUACAAAAUGUUCCAGUGCAAGGCACAUCUUGUCAUGAGGCUGAUUGAGAACCGCAUCAGUAUGGAAUUCAUGCUGCAGGUGUUCAACAAGUUGCUGAGCCUGGCCAGCACGGCUUCAUCUCAGAAGUACCAGUCGCAUAUGUGGAGUCAGAUGCUUUUGUCCACCUCUGGGUUUCUCAAGUCCAUUUCCAAUGUGUCAGGGAAGGACAUUGGGCCCUUGAUCAAGCAAUGGGUAGAUCAGAGUGGGGCGGUUAAGUUCUUUGGUAGCUUUGCUUUCAAUAGGAAAAGAAAUGUGCUGGAACUGGAGAUCCGUCAAGAUUACAUGUCUUCCGGCACUCAGAAAUAUGUGGGCCCCAUAAAAGUGACUGUUCAGGAGCUGGAUGGAUCCUUCAACCACACGCUGCAGAUUGAAGAGAACAGCCUCAAGCAUGACAUCCCCUGUCAUUCCAAAAGCAGGAGGAACAAGAAGAAGAAAAUCCCUUUGAUGAAUGGAGAAGAGGUUGACAUGGACUUGUCUGCAAUGGAUGCUGACUCGCCCCUGCUGUGGAUCCGGAUUGACCCAGACAUGGCAGUGCUUCGGAAGGUGGAGUUGGCGCAGGCUGACUUCAUGUGGCAGUACCAGCUGCGCUAUGAGCGAGAUGUGGUGGCACAAGAGGAGGCAAUUGUAGCACUGGAGAAAUUCCCCACAGCUGCUUCCCGCCUCGCCCUCACCGACAUCCUUGAGCAUGAGCAGUGCUUCUACAAAGUGCGCAUGCAGGCUUGCUUCUGCCUUGCCAAGAUUGCCAACUCCAUGGUGAGCACAUGGCAAGGCCCUCCAGCCAUGAAGUCCCUCUUCACACGCAUGUUUUGCUGCAAGAGCUGCCCCAACAUUGUCAAGACCAACAAUUUCAUUAACUUUCAGAGCUACUUCCUGCAAAAGACCAUGCCAGUGGCUAUGGCUUUCCUCAGGGAUGUGCAGAACCUCUGUCCCAAAGAGGUCCUCAACUUCAUUCUGGAUCUCAUAAAGUACAAUGAUAAUGCAAAGAAUAAGUUUUCAGAUAAUUACUACCGCGCCGAACUGAUCGAAGCCCUGACCAACUCCUUAACACCAGCAAUCAGCAUCAAUAACGAGGUGCGCACAGUAGACAGCCUAAACACCGAUGUCAAGCUCAUCCUGGAGGAAGUGACGCGCUUCCUCAACAUGGAGAAACUGCUACCUAGCUACAGGAACACCAUCACUGUCAGCUGUCUGCGGGCCAUCAGGAUGCUACAGAAGAACGGCCACAUACCCAGCGACCCGAGCCUUUUUAAAGCCUAUGCGGAGUAUGGUCAUUUUGUGGAUGUGAGAGUCGCUGCACUUGAAGCUGUGGUCGACUAUACAAGAGUUGACAGGAGCGCUGAGGAGUUUCAGUGGUUAUUGGACAUGGUUCAAAAUGAUCCUGUGCACUACGUCAGACAUAAGAUUCUUAGCAUGCUGUCCAGGAAUCCCCCCUUCACCAAAGCAGCAGAGUCUCCUCUGUGCACCGAGGCCCUUGUGGACCAACUCUGGAAACUGAUGAACUCUAGUACCUCCCAUGACUGGCGUUUGCGCUGUGGCGCUGUGAACCUCUACCACACUCUGUUUGGUCUGACCAGGCCCUCAUGUCUGCCUCUGCCAGAACUUGGCCUUGUCCUCAACCUGAAGGAGAAGAAGGCUGUCCUGAAUCCCACCAUCAAAUCUGAGCAGGAGGGUCCUGAGCUUGCACCUGAGAUGGUCUUCACUGGCAGUAUUAAGGAGGAACAUGUUGUCAUGGAGCCGGUUUUGGGUGGCAUAGCCCUCACUCCACAGGGCCUGAAAAGGAAGGCAGAGACUCCUUUGGCUUCACCCCCUGAACCUGGGCAGGUGCUGCAGGAUGAGCCAGCGGGAAAAAUAGCUGCCAAGAGUCGAUUUCCAAUGCCAGAGGAUGAGGAUAUUGAUAUGGACACGGUUCAUGACAGUCGUGCAUUUAUCUACCAUCACCUGAAUAUGCUGGAUAGGCCAUCAACACCAGGUCGAGAACCUCCUGUCGUGGAGCAGGCUGUUAUGCCUAUGUCAGCCACACCUGUCCCAACCUUCGCUAAGGAGGGUGCCUCCUCCUCUUCCUCCUCCAAGCACCACCACCAUCACCACCACCACCACCAUGAGCACAAGAAAAAGAAGAAGAAGCACAAACACAAGCACAAGCAUAAACAUAAGCAUGACAGCAAGGACAAGGAGAAGGAGCGUGACCUCCACAGCUUUGCAAACAGCCCAGCGAGUGGCCACUCACCCUCACUGUCCGACUGACACCAGUUCUACCAUGUACCAUGUGUAAACAGUGGAUAGUAUUACUUAGAUAAAGUUUCUAAUUGAAUAUGUUAAAGAAUUGAUGCAUCAUGCAGCUUCUCUUUUGUCUAGUACGAGAAAUACCAUCAUGAUAAACCGGUGGCUCUUGAAACUUCUAUUUUUCUUUAAUCCGCCCAUCACCUGUAUUCAAUCUUCUUGGCCUGCUUGUGGGACUCCCCCCCCCCCCCCCCCCCAUGCAAAGCUCAUAUUUUUCCUGAGCAUUAACAAGAGUGCAGCUUCAAUUUUGCUAAUGUUAACAUUUCUCAAUUAGAUCAGUAGUUGGGUCAAAUUCUUUAUAAGAAUGUAGCUUGUGUGAUGCUUGUAGUUAGAAGUAACUAGCCUGGGUAUAUCAUAUGCUAACAAGAUAGUUCUCCAAAAAGUUCAACAAUGCGUAAUCCACAUGUUUUGUCUUUAUGCAUUUUAUAUUAAGGUGCUCAUUACCUGAUGGUAUGCUGGCAUGAGUGUGUAGCUAAGAACAUUCCUAGCUAGUCAAAUGAAUCUUUUUAAACCCCUUCAAUGCAAUACUGUUUUGUAUGUUAAGUGUUUAAAUAAUAUGUAUUUGUCUCUUAAGGGUUUUUUGAAAAUGCACAAACAACACUGGGUUUGUGCCUUGUUGGACUUUUCAUAAGAACUGUCUUUGGUAGUAACAUGUCUAGUUCACUCAAGCUAUAUCUCAAAUUCUUCCUCUUCUAUAUUUUACCCGGUUGUACAUGAUCUGUCAUAAUCCCUCCUGCUUUGAGAUAGCAACAGUGUCCCAGAAUGGACAAAACUUCAGCCUCCAGUUGGGGAGAAGGGGGUGGAUCAAGGGUUUUAUAACUUGACCUUUUUUGAAUAUUUGUAGAGUAAAUAAAUUCUUAUGCCUUUUUUAAA